AGUUUAAAGGAAGAAGAUUUUGAUAAACUAAGGGAUGAACAAUUACAUCAAUUAUAUGAAUUAAUGGUAGCUGCAACAGGAAAAUCUGAAAAUAAAUUCAAUAAAUCAUAGAUUCAAUGUUUAUAAAUGUAAAGUAAAGAAGGUCAUAAAGAAAAGAUAUUAAUAAAUAUAGAAAGAUGAAAGGUUGGAAAGAAUCGGCAAGUUUGAUUUUAGCCGCACGACAUAGACAAAAAUAUAAUCGGGCCUUGCCAUCUUUAGUCUUUCAGUAUAAUUACAAAUUAUUAUGUUUGAAACGUCAUCGAAAUUCGAGUUUUUAUCCGGAAUCGUAUGUAUUUCCUGGAGGAGUCAUACAUCCAGCUGAUGCAGAUUUAAAAUGGCAAAAUUUAUUUCGUACCUUUGGUUUUGAUACCAACAGCUUUAAUUCCUUAUUCCCCAAUACUAAUUUACGUCCACAAAUAUUUCAAUCAAAAUCGAACGAAUUGCCAAAAGAGAUCUCUCUCCGUAUCACUGCGAUUCGUGAAACGUUUGAAGAAUGUGGUAUUUUGCUUUGUAAACAAGUUAAAAGAGAUGGUAUUCUUUCUAAUUGGGCCCAUGUUCUAUCAAUUCCCGAAGAGGAUGUACAAAAUUGGCAAACUAAAGUACACGAUGAUGCUACGGAAUUCUAUACAAUGUGUGAAAAAUUAAAGUGUUAUCCUGAUUUAUGGUCUUUACAUGAAUGGAGCAAUUGGUUAACUCCAACAUACUUUACUACGAAACGUUAUGAUACUAUUUUUUACAUGGCUUGUAUGCCAUUGAUACCAUAUUCUAAUUAUGAAACUAUUGAAAUGGAAGACAUAAAAUGGGAUACACCAAACAAUAUAUGUGCAGCUACAGAUAUGAUGAUGGCUCCCCCACAGCAUUAUGAAAUUUCAAGAAUUGUCAAGUAUGAGUGCUUGGAAAAUUUAUUGGAUUUUGCAAUAGAGAGGAGUAAACUUGGAGUAGAAUUAUAUUUACCGAUCAGAGUGUUGUUAAGAGAUGGAAAAAUGCAUGUCUUACCAGGAGAUUGUAUGUAUCCUAAAAAUCCUAGUUUAACAGAAAAACAAAUAAUUGAUAAAACAAAUAUGACAAUCGCCGAAUUCGAAGAAAUAUCACCUGUAAAGAACAGAAUCAUAUUUUUUGAUCUCGAAGUAAAGAAGGUUAUAGUUCAUAAUUUCGAUAGUACAGAAGGCCAUAUAGCGCCAAUGCCUGUCGAAAUUGUUUAUAUUAAAUCUUUGGAUAAAAAGUAACAAAAUGUAUUAACGUUUUAUUUAUUCUGUAUAAUUUUGCUUUUAGAAUAUAUAUAUAUAUAU